AUGGCCGAGAUCCACUACCAAAACACCGUCCGCUUCCGCACCCAAGUCAACGGCACCACAAAAUACGUCACCCUCGCCGUCGUCCCCGCCGAAUCCGGCGGAACCUGCUGGCUCACCCUCACCGAUGAACCCACCCCGGACAGCAACUUUCUCAUCCGCGAGUGGAACUACAGCAACGAUCACCGCCUGCACUUCAGCGGCAACGACCGCGCCGAUACACCCGACAGCGGCGGCAACUUUCGACUCCUGCACCUCGACACGCGGCCCGUGGGCAAUGUCGGCAAUGACUACUGCGUCUCGAUGACUAUGUAUCAGCCUAUGGUCACAAUGGGGUAUUGGGGCGUGAGCUGGGGGAGAGCGUAUGACCUCGAGACGUUUGCGCUGUUUGCGACAAGGUGGCCAGACUCGGAUGGCGGGGUUUGUGAUGGGGAUCCCGUCAAGAUUCGGAAUCUGAUCGGCGCGAAGAAUCCCGCGCCUGUGGGGAGUAUUGGGCAUUUCCUCACGGUGCGGGAGAUUGAUGGCGAGUGGAGGGUGAUCGGCGAGUAUGCGACGUAUGAUGCGGGCCAGGAGUUUGUUAUUGAAAAGGUUGUGCAGGAGACUGCGUAA